AGCCAACAUAAAGUUUAUUUCCUCCUGAGCAAUGAGAUUGUGACUUCCACAUGUUUGUGAGAGUUUCCUUGGCUGAAGCUUUCUCAUGUUACAGGUCAUUGUUCAAUAUUACACAACGAAAGCACUUACAAGUAAAUGCUGAUCUUAGCUUAAUGUUGGAACUGAGGUUGUAAGGUAAAAUCGGAGAUGAGAGGAGUCAAGGAUAGGGUCAAAGGCUUCUUCUAGAGGAACACCGUCAGAAGAGAGCACACCUCAGAAAGCUGCGGUGAGGGGUGUUGCUUGAACCAGGUAUGGGGAAGAAUGCAGGAGUUCUGAGGUUUCUGAUGUGACUUGGGGGUCUGAAAUUUACUGCUGACCAGGAUAGAAAAAAAGAGAAGUAACUUGACAAGGUAGAGAAGACGGAAGCAGUCCUAAGGAGCCAUGGCAAGAGGUGUAUUUCCAGAGAAGCAGGCAGAGUGGUUCCUGUUGGGAUUCGAGGGAAAACCAAAAAUAUUAUAGACCUUGGGACUAAAGUGACGUGUUGUGCUUGGCUGAAGCACCGUGUGAUAAGUAUGCCUGCUGCAUUCCCUGGAAAAGAGAAAACUUCUGCUUUUGUCUCUUCCCUCAUGGUCUUUCUUCUCAGAAACCAAGAGCAGUGACUAGCUGAAGACAUGUGGAUUUUCCACAAAAUGAAGUAGAGUGAUACUAUAGAUCACUAUUCUAGCUGCAUUACAAGCCAAAAGUGCUGAGUUGUUACCUCAUGCCCACUUGUCUGGCACCUCUUCACUGAAACGAUUACAGUUAGAUCUCAUCUGUCUGUAUGGGUGGAAGGCAAAAAUUCUGAGAAUGAAAUAUUCGAAGUGCUACCUGGAAGUUGGAACUGCGCAUUGUGGUAACAACAGAAAGAGAAAGACAUUUCUUAUAUAUAAACUCAGGAUGUGGUCCAACAGCAGCUCCCAUUCCUUCCUGCUGACUGGUUUUCCGGGCUUGGAGGCAACUCACCACUGGAUUUCUGUAUUUUUCUUUUUCAUCUAUAUCUCUGUCCUUUUUGGCAAUGGCACCCUCCUCCUUCUCAUUAAGGAAGACCACAGUCUUCAUGAACCCAUGUACUUUUUUCUCGCCAUGCUGGCUGCCACAGACCUAGGGAUGACCCUGACCACAGUGCCCACCGUGCUGGGAGUCCUCUGGCUGGAUCACAGGGAGAUUGGAAGUGCAGCCUGCUUUUCCCAGGCCUACUUUAUACACUCGCUUUCCUUUGUGGAGUCUGGUGUUCUGCUUGUCAUGGCCUAUGAUCGUUUCAUUGCCAUCUGCAACCCUCUUAGAUACACCUGUAUACUUACUAACACUCGAAUAAUGAAGAUUGGACUGGGAGUUCUGAUGAGAGGAUUUGUAUCUGUUGUUCCCCCAAUCAUACCCCUCUAUUUUUUUCCCUAUUGUCACUCCCAUCUUCUUUCACAUGCAUUCUGCUUUCACCAGGAUGUCAUUAAACUGGCCUGUGCUGAUACCACCUUCAACCGACUGUACCCAGUUGUGCUUAUAGUCUUUAUAUUUGUGCUGGAUUUUCUGAUUAUCCUCAUUUCUUAUGUGUUGAUACUCAAGACUGUCCUGAGCAUUGCCUCCAGAGAGGAGAGGGCCAAGGCCCUCAAUACCUGUGUCUCCCAUAUCUGCUGUGUCCUGGUUUUCUAUGUCACAGUGAUUGGAUUGUCUCUGAUUCAUCGUUUUGGAAAGCAGGUUCCACAUAUUGUUCACCUCACUAUGAGCUAUGUCUAUUUUCUGUUCCCACCACUAAUGAAUCCUAUAAUAUAUGGUGUCAAGACCAAGCAGAUUCGGAAUGGUAUUCUUCACUGUUUUACUACCCAUAGAACUGGAACCUGAUCUCUGACCAUCACAGUCAUGCUCACAGAAUGCAAAAACUCUAAUAUUUAGGGGGAGAGCAAAGAAGUCUCAUAUCUAGCAUGCAUGCUCAUAUGUCUUGGUAAAAAUAGGUGUUAAAAUAGAGUUUCAAAUUUCCUUAAGGCAUUUUUUAAGCCCAAAUCUUUAGCUAAAUGUAGUUUGCACAAAUUUUUAUUGCAUUCCUGUAUAUUGAAUAUUUCUCUAAGAUUUCCACUGUUAUUGUGAUAACAAUACCUUAGGCAUCUAUUGGUAACUAACUAUAAUGUAACUAACAUGUUUAUUUCAUGGUAUAAAGUUAGCAGAUAGGAACAGCAAUAAGAAUAUAAAAUUAUUAGUUGGUUGAAGUGAAAUGGAAUGGAGUUUGGUUUACUAUAUCAAAUCCAAUUUUCAACUCUUAUGAAUUCCUCUGCAGAUGUCCACAUAAAUCAUGGGAACCUAUAAAUUUGGUCACUGAAGUCCAGGAAUUUUCCUGCAAAAAAAUAAUGUAAUCUUUGAUUAGUGACCUAAUCACUUACCAUCCCAACAGUCUAGUUGGCUCCUCCUUUCUCCAUCAAAUGAUCAUGAGUUUGUCUCAAAGACCAUAAACUCAUAUUUAUUCCUGAAGACAGUUUCUUCCUACAAACUUUUAACAAAAAAUGUGAGAAGAGUAAUCAUGGUUAAAUUAGAAGACAUAGACACAGUCAGCACCUCCUUCUAUCUUGCUCUCAUCCUUAUCCUACUACCCUCGUUGUUAGCUCUGAUGUUGAAGCUAUCUACCCAUGGAUAACUAGUCUGAAUUAGUGGAAGAGACAGUUCCUUUACUCUCCUUUUGCUUUGAACAAGGUCUGAAGGCUCAAAAAAUAGGUUUAUGUAUUUUUUGAAGAAUGAUGGCUGUCUGUACAUAUAGUCUGAUUCCAUUUUAUAAGUGUAAAUUUCCCAAAAUAAUACAACGAUUUCAUUUCUUAUUUGAUUAAUAUGUGUCUGAUGUGUUAGGAAGGGACCCAUCAUUCAAUUUAAAAUAUCCUAUAAAGAGGAAGGUUAUGUCUUACUUACGCUUUAAUCAGAGAAAAAAUAAUACUUCAGUGAGACAGGAGAGGGGACUCUAUGGAAGAUACUGUUUAUGUCUUUGGUGUUUUUCCCAGAUCAUUUUACAUAACUGUGCACAUGUGAAUGUUGGCUGCUCGUUGUUCAUGGUUUCUGCAUUCUGCAGGGUGUUGUUCUCAACUCAGUAGGAAAUAUCUCAUGAAGAAAAUGAUCCCUGCUCCCCAGGAUAGGCAAAUAUUGACCCUCUUGCUUCUGAAGCUAAGCUCCAGCUGUGACUGUGCACUUACUUACUUCCUUCCUUUGGCUAUGCUACUUUUCCUUGAUUCCUGUCUCCUGAAAGCAUUCAUUAAUAAAUUACACACAUCUGAAUCUCUACCUCAGACUUUGCUCAAAGAGAGUCCAACUUAAAAAAAAGGACUGCAAUCCUUAUUCAUAUUUUGUUUCAUUAAGAAAUGUAAUUGUGAAAGAACUGAGCAUGUAGAAAAAAACUAUAGGCUAUAUCAUUUUUUUCUUUUUUUAUUGCAUUUUAGGUUUUUGGGUACAUGUGCAGAACAUGCAAGAUAGUUGCAUAGGUACACACAUGGAAGUGUGUUUUGCUGCCUUCCUCCCCUUCACCCACAUUUGGCAUUUCUCCCCAGGCUAUCCGUCCCCAGCUCCCACCCCCCCCCCCGCUGUUCCUCCCCUAUUCCCCCCAAAAGACCCCAGUGUGUAGUACUCCCUUCCCUGUGUCCAUGUGUUCUCAUUUUUCAUCACCCGCCUAUGAGCGAGAAUAUGCGGUAUUUCAUUUUCUGUUCUUGUGUCAUCCUUGUCACUCCACGUCAUCUGAGCAACACAGUCUGAAUGCUAAAUUGUGAGUGUGAGUGCAUGUAUGUGAUGCUAGGUUUUUGUGCUGCUUUCAGUCAUUCACAAAAGCAAUCAUGUGUCCCUCAACUUCUGCUCUACCACAUCCACAACUUAUUUUAUUAAUAAGAAUAUUGUGAGGUAGAUAUUAUCACUAUUUUCUUGUGGGGGUGAAUUUAAUAUAAAAAAUUAAACAUGCCCUCCAAGGAAAUAAAAUUUAUAAGUGGUAUAGUUGUGAUUCAAAUUUAUAUCUUCUAACUAUAAGGCGAGUGUGACUGGUACUCCACUAAAAUAAUCUAUCUUAAGUUGCUUCUACUUUGUGCCUUGUAUUCCACCAUGCUUAUAGAAGUAGCACCUACUUCCUUUUUCUGAAAAUUUCUUCUCUUUCUACUCCAGAAAUGUUGUCCCCUAUGAAAGCUGAUAUUUUCCAUUGUAUCUCCAAACUCCUAACCACAGAACUUUUUUAAAAGAAUUUUUCAAUGUGACAUUGCAAAAAGAAUAGUAAUCCUUUAUUGUGGUAAAAUUACUAAAAUGCAGUGCUGAGAAUUGUUAAUUACAAUGUUUUCCAUCAGGCAAGUGACUUCAAACUCUAAUAAGCAGUUAAAGUAAAUUAUAGAUAAAGAAAGAUAAUAAAUAAAAAGGAUCUUCAUAUCCUUGAUCCCAUGUCUUCCUGAGACUCAAUAACAAGGACAGUUUGAGUUCCUUUUUGAUUCCACAGUCUAAUAAAGUCUUCUUCUUGUAAUUUUC